AUGCCCUUGGACCUGUUAGACCUGCAGGGCAACGAGGGCUUGGUGGCAGCAGCUGCAGCGCCGGUGCCAGAAGCACUUCUCAGCCAGGUUCAGCAGGCCAUGAUGCGCACGGGUCGCCUGCCACCUGGUGGAGCCGAGCUUGUGGCGCAGGUGAUGCGGGCCUUGUGGCGCUUCCUGCAUGACACCGCGCACCCUCAGGUCAAAGACGCCGGUGCAGACGAAGUUGCCUUCUACGUGCUGGACAAGGUGACCCUCCGCAAGAUGGAGAAUGCGCUGAUGAAGAUUCUCCUGCUGGGCGCGGACUCCGCCAUCGAUGCAGGAUCCGUGCAAUAUCGUCCCGUGACGGCCAACUUGGCCUUUGCCUCCACUCUCGAGGCUGUUGCUGAAGAGCCGCGGUCACCACAAGCCAUGUCUCCGCCAGUUCAGGCAUCUGAGAGGCAGCCGACGGGAGGGUAUUCAUCCUCUCCUCCCCAGUCCACGCAGAAGCCUUCCAAGCUCUCGCAGGAGACAAAGUCGCGGAGCACGCCAGAUCCCUUCUCGGAUCUGAAGACGGCUUUUGAGCCGCAAAGAGAAAAGCUAAAGACCUUCAACCUCAAGCAGAUCGUGACCAGGAACGGCACCGUGCUCAUGAACAUGCUCGAGCGAUUGCUGGCGUGGGCCACAGCGCUCACGUGGAAUUUCUCAGGAGCCAAGAACAAGUCGCGCGAGGCGGCUCAUACACUGAGGCUCGGAGCCUCUGACGUGGCGUAUGAUGGCUACUUCGUGGCUCAAGCGGCCUUCAAGCGAGAGUUUCCGGACAGUGUGAACCAGGAUGUGGAGGUGGUUCUCAUCAGCUGCGUGGGGAGAUGUCCCUCCGGCAUAGCGGCCCUUCAGUUCGCGAACCGGUCAGUGCACGAGUUGAGAGAUCUCUGCCUGUCCCUGGCCGCCGCGCAUCCCGGCGUCUUGCACAACUGGACCGACCACUUCCAGUUCGAAGCUUCGGCGCCCGCCAGGCUCGGCCUUCCAAGCCCCUUCCUGUCAGCCUCCAAGGAGACGCUGCUCUUCCAACUCUCGUGGACAGUUGGGAACCGGCAGCGGGAGGUCAUCGGCAUGCUGAAGGAGGUUCGCCAGCUGGUGCAAGAUCUUCACCAGCAGGGCGCGCGAGAACGCGAGCCCGUGUCUGUCAGCAUUGCUGGCCAGCUUGCUCUGUUUACGGACACGCUUUCCUCCACAAGGCAGGACAUCGAGAAGAAGGACAUCAUUGUGAUGCCCUUUGCCCUGCUCGUGCUGGCGAGUAGAGUCGGUUCCCUCCGUCUUAUGAUUAUUCCGAUCUGCUGCCUGGCUUGUAGCCUUGCAGCGUCCCUAGGGAUCUUUCUGCCUUUCGCCGUGUACGUCGUCGACAUCUCACCGCUUGCGCCUUCAACCAUGGCCUUCCUGGGCAUUGCCCUGGCCAUCGACUACUCACUCUUCAUGCUCACCCGCUAUGCCGAAGAGGUGCAGUCGGGGGCUUCCACAGAGGCGGCGCUCCGGUCAACGCUGAGGCAGAGUGGGCACGUGGUCCUCAUCAGCAGCUCAGUGCUAAUCAUCUGCUACGUGGGGGUCCUCUUCUAUCCCAGCGGCGGCAUCGCGACGAUCGGACUCGGAGCCUCACUGACGGUCUUCCUCUGCGCGGCUUCAAACCUGACCCUGACUCCUUGCACCAUCUGCGCCUUCCCGGGCAUCUUUGGAGCAGAAGCACUGAAGCAGCGGCGCAGCAGACGAAGAGGCUGCCAGCCCGGAAGAUGCAAGAGUUGCUGGCCCAUCAUAGCAAGGGCCGUGACCACGAAGCCAGGGGUCGUUGUGGUGCCGCUGGUUUGCCUGGCGUUCCUGCUCCCCGCCUGCGCCAUACUCUUCCACUACCACGAGAGUUUUGCCAACCAGUUGACCUUCCCCACGCGCUCGGACACCAGCAUUGCUUACCAGCACCUCAUCCGGGAGUUCCCUGCAGGGAAGCUCAGCCCGCAGUACAUCCUUGUACCGGCAAGUGAAGCAACAAACUUCACCGUGCGCAGUGACGAGUACUUCGACGCGUCCUGUCGCCUGGGCCAGACACUUCUGGAGGAGCUCUCCGUUCCGCCCUUCAACCUGCAAGUCUCGGACUUGUUGGGGCCGGCCCUGCUCCCUCUCCCUGUUGCUCAGGCCGCUCAAGCCCUGGGUGCUGGAGAGGAGGCUCGGAACAGCACUGGGUUGAAGUGCCUUCGAUGGCGGUCCACUGUCAAGGACGACCUGCACCCAUUUGGCCCCAUCACCGCAGAGAAACUCUUGGAGCUCGCAAGCGACAUCGGAGAGUCAUACCGUGAGCAGUGGGGCAAGUUGGUGGGCUUGAAGACUGGUGAGCACACGGCCUUGAUUGCUGUCACCGUGCCCUUCGACCCUUACAGCGACACGCUCUGGCCUUUUGUGAUCGCUGCGCGUAGUGCCAUCUCCAAAGCCAGCAACACCACGAGCGACAUCGCUGAAAGCGGCGACCCGUCCGUCUUUCUGGGCCGUCGCCUGCAGAGCUCCUCCAGGCCAAUGCUGUUCGGAACCUUAACCGUGGUUUUCGACAUUGUGGAGGUCACUUACCACCGCAUCCCCUACAUCGUGUGCGGCACCGUGUUCACGGUCUUCUCCCUCAUCGCCGUCGCAUUUCGGGCCGCUUUGGCUCCCAUCAAGAUGUUCGUCACUGUCGUGGUGCCGCUGGUGGCGGUCUUUGGGAUUGCUGUGUGGCUCUACCAGGAUGGUGCUCUGAACUGGCUGCCCGGCGGCCGCGGCAACAAUCCAUUCACCAGCCCUCCUGGUGGGGGCUUCUACUGGGCGGCUCCCGUCUUCACUUGCACCAUCAUCAUUGGCCUGGCCCUCGACUACGACGUCUUCCUCUUCGCGCGGGUCAUUGAGCUGCGGAGGCAAGGCUACAGCAACGAGGUGGCGGUGCGUGGCGGCUUGUGCUUGACAGGCCCUACCAUCACCUCUGCCGGUCUGAUCAUGGCCAUCGCCUUCUGCGGACUCCUUUUAAGUGACGUCCCCAGCAACAACCAGAUCGGGUUUGUCCUGGCCUUCGGUGUGCUCAUGGACACAUUUGUGAUACGUACCUGCCUCGUCCCAUCGGUACUCACCCUGGCAUCAUCUCUGAACUACUGGCCUCAGAAGAUGCCUCCGGUCACGCAGGAGACAACCGAGAUCGAUGCGCGAGAUGUCUUGACGGAGCAGACGUUGCUGGAAUACGCCUGCCAUACUGGCAACAUGGGCCUGGCAAAGCUCUGCUACCGCCGCGGGGCGAAUCUGUCCGCCAAGACCAACAAGGGGGAGACUGCCUUCAAUAUCGUGACGAAGAACAAGCGCUACGAUCUCAUGGAGUUCCUGCACACCUACGGUGUCAAAGUCAACUCCGCGGAUGCACAGGGAAGGACCGCACUGCACGUGGCAGCGGCCAAUGAUGAUGUCGAUGGCGUCUGCCGCCUCCUGGAAUGGGGUGCCGAUGUCAACAUCAAGGACGUGAAGAAGAAGACGCCCAUUCAUGUGGCAGCCGCGGGUGGCAACAUGAAGACCACCAUGCUGCUCUUGGAGGUGGGCGCGGACAUGAAUGCCAAGGAUGACCGCGAGUACACUGCGGUGGCCCACGCAGAAGCGAACAACCACUUUGUGUUGAUGGACAGGCUGGUCCAGCUCGGCGGUAAAGGGCACGGCCUGCACCAGAAGAAGGAGGAAGACAUGACCCGGUCCAAGUCUGCGAAGAUGAUCGGUGAGCUGGUGGUCUCGGCCGGGCUCCUGAAAAGCUCAUCGCUGGGCAGAAUCGGCAAGGUAGCCGUUAAGGGCAUGACGGGCCCGCUGCAGCCGCAGUUUGCAGCGAGCAAGUAG